AUGUCUGGAGAAGCAAACAAAGAUAUUGAGGUCAUAUACGGAAAGGAUGACGACGGUACGAGGUUCAGCAACGAAAAGACCAUCAGAAAUGUGGGCUCAGUCGACAGCUUCCAUCACGAUGAGGCGGCGAGGAUCCUGGCCGACUACGUAGCUGCGGGAGGACCAGAGGAAUGGAGCGCACUAGAGGAGAAGAACUUGAUACGAAAAAUUGACCGGAGGUUGCUGCCUGUCUUGGCCUUCACGUUCUUUUUAACAUGGUAUGACAAGGGAAUACUAUCACAAGCAGCAAUCUUCGGCCUGAGGGAUGACCUGAAGCUCGAAGUGGGCAACCGCUACUCCUUCUCGUCGGCGAUAUUCUACAUUGGCUAUCUCAUUGGGUGCUGGCCGAUCACAAUGUUGGCUCAAAGGUUUCCCACCGCGCGCGUCGUUGCUAUACUUGUCACAAUCUGGGGUGUAUGCGUCAUGUUAACGGCUGAAUGCCAUAACUAUCGGGCCCUUUACACCCAACGCUUCUUCCUUGGGUUUCUGGAAAGCGGUGUCUCACCGAUAUUUAUCCUCAUCAGCGGCAGUUGGUAUAAGAAGGUGGAACAGCCAUUGCGGAUAGGCUGUUUCGCUGCUUUCGUCGGACCCGCCGUCAUCCUGUCCACCCUUGUCAACUACGGCUUCGGCAAGAUCCAAGGAAGUAUUGCGCCUUGGAAGAUCAUGUUCCUGUUCGCCGGAGGAGUCACUACUUUAUGGGGCCUGCUAAUACCCUUCAUCCUGGCCGCCGAUCCGAUCAGUGCCCGCAGCCUGACAGCAAGGGAGCGGUACAUCGCCGUCGCACGCAUCAGAUCGAACAACGCCGGCGUGCGCAACACCCAUCUCAAGCUUGAGCAGGUAAAGGAGACCCUUCUCGACCUCAAGUUUUGGCUCUGCUUCUUCUUCACCGUCUUCGCCUUGAUUCCCAAUGGACCAACCUCCUCAUUCAUUCCAAUCAUCAUCAAGGGCUUCGGCUACGGCACAUUCCCCUCGCUGCUGCUGAACAUGCCGACCGGCGCAGUGGCUUUCCUGCAAAUCCUGGGAGUAUCGUACCUGGCCGUGAAGCGACCCAUGUGGCGGUGCUGGAUCAGCAUCGCCUGCCAGUUCGUCGGCAUGCUGUCCGCCCUGCUCCUGUGGCUUCUGCCAAUGUCUGACAGGGGUGGACUAUUGUAUGGGGCCAUGACCAUCGGAUGCGGCAUACCCGGGUACAUCCUCAUGCUGAGCACCCAGCUGGCCAACACAGCGGGGUACACCAAGCGCGCGACCUCGUCGGCCGGCAUCUACGUCGCGUACUGCAUCGGCAACAUCAUCGGGCCCUUGGUGUUCAGGGAGCAGGACGCGCCGCGGUACAAGCCGGGCUUCAUCGUUGUUCUCGUCUCGACUGCCAUUGCUGCGCUGCUGUUGCUCGUCUAUCGCUACGUGUGCUUGCAGCAUAAUCGCAAGCGGGACGAGGCAGGUAUAUUGGAGAGCUUCGAGCACGCUUACGAGGACGACCUUACAGAUCUGAAAUCGCGUCGUCGCUGGAGUGUUCAUACCAAGACAAGCAUGUCCAAAAUGUUCCACGUGCCAAUUCCGGCACACCGCAAUGUUGCAUCUUCGGCAGACGUUGCGCCACAGGAGCACACGGCUGCCACAGGUCUCGCACAUGCCUUCGCCCAUGACGGUCCUCCACAAAUGCUCACAAUCUUCCAUCUGCAUUAUUUUGACUUCAAACGUUUUGACCAGUUCUCGGUAUUGACGACGAUCCUCAGGGUGUGGUACGGUUUGAUCGAGCAUGGCAAGGUCUGCCGCAUUGGCGGCUCUGUUGCGUAG